CAUGCGCCGAUUGUCUCUGGUCGCUGCUAUCCACUUUCGUUUUGCUGUCUGGUCUUCUAACCGUCUUUUGGUCUUUCUUAUUUCUUGCGCUUGUAGAUUCUGCAUAUUAUCUCGAAGGAAUGUAAUAUUUUCUUAAUAUAGAUAAAACAGCAGCAACUAUCGUCUGUCAAAUAGAGCUAGAAUAGUGUUAUGUUAUAAGAGAAGAACUACAAUUACGAUACUGCAAGUUUUCUGAAGUUACGUUGAUAGUAGCUAGGUAUCGUUCUGGCUGUGUGUGGACUGCCAAUGGCGUGUGCAGAGACAUCAGAUUACAGAGUAGGAGAGGUCCUGCUGAAUAGAGUGAUGCAGGAGCAGCUGGAUGAGGUGCCAUCAGACGUUCCGGUAGUGGUCUCCACAAAAACCCAGGAGGUGGAGAGUGAUCAGGAGCAGAAGAUUGUGUCACAGCUAGCUAUGAUGAUACGGACCAUCGGAGACGCCGUCAAGAAGGACGGGAAGCUGGACGAUGCGAUAGAUGGAAUGGUGGGGAAAAUGACCAGCCAGACCAGCUACUGGAAGUUGGUAGAAAAGGUAUUUGAGGACAGUCAAAUCACCUGGGAGAGAAUUGCUGUGCUGUUUUACGUAGCAGGGAGGAUAGCCGUCAAGGUGGUGAUUGCUAAUAUCCCCCAGUUAGUGAAGGACAUUCUGAAGUGGACUCUGGAGUACUUCAGAAGCAAAUUACUGGAUUGGAUCCAGAAACAUGGAGGAUGGAUUAACAGUUUUACUGAGCUGGCGCGUGUGCAGGUGGAGAAGAUGUCCCCUAUGAGCACCUGGUCCUCAGCGUUCAUCCUGGUCUUCCUCGGAGGUGUCAUACUGGGUAGUGUUAUCACCUGGAAACUGGCCAGGAGGACCUGACACACACACACACACACAGUUCCACUCCGGUUCAAACGCAAUUGUGUGACAUGACACGCAAACACGUGGGCGUGCACACACACACAAAUACAUUUGUUUACGUAGUCUAUGUAUUAUUAGUUACCUACCUUCUGGUUUGCUCAGGAUAAAUAAGAUGACCAGAUGCUGCUGAAAGUGGUGUUGGCUCCUACUGGCUCUCCAAUCUUUUCUCUGGUAAAAAAUAUUUUAAAAAAGAAGAAAAAAAAGAGAGAUCCCAGUGCAAAGAUUGGGGGCAUUCCCCCGUGUAGGGUGCUGUCUUUUGGAUUGGACAUUAAAACAUGUCCUGACUCUCUGUGGUCAGUAAAGAUCCCAUGGCACAUAUUGUAAGAGUAGGGGUGUUAACCCUGGUGUCCUGGCUAAAUUCCCAAUCUGGCCCUCAUACCAUCACGGUCACCUAAUCAUCCCCAGUUUACAAUUGGCUCAUUCAUCCCCCCCCUCCUCUCCCCUGUAACUGUUCCCCAGGUGGUUGCUGUAAAUGAGAACGUGUUCUCAGUCAAACUUACCUGGUAAAAUAAGGCUUAAAUAAAAUAAAACUCCUUUUUAUCAGUGCCUUCAAAAAGUUAUUACACCCCCUGGACUUUUUCCACAUUUAAUACAUUUUUUUUGUCAAUGAUCUACACAAAAUACUCUAUACAUCUCUGCACUUAGCAAAAGAGUGUCAUCUGCACUGCUAUUUUAGUCAUCAGUUAAUCUGACUUUUCUCUCAUUUGAUUUAAUUGACUUAUUUUAGUCAUUUUAGGGGUUUCUGUGUAGUUGUCUAAUGUUGGUGUGGCAAAUUAUUCUGUUUUAAACACCAUUAUUGCACACACAAUGAGUCCAUGCAACUUAUUAUGGGACUUGUUAAGCACAAUUUAUUUAGGCUUGCCAUAACAAAGGGGUUGAAUACUUAUUGACUUGACAUUUCAGCUUUUCAUUUUUUAUUACUUCGUAUAAAAAAAAUCUAAAAGCAUAAUUCCACUUUUGAAAUUAUGGGGUAUUGUGUGUGGAUCAAUGACACAAUCUCAAAGUAAUCCAUUUUUAAAUUCAGGAUGUAUCACAAAGGAGUGUGAAUACGUUCUGAAGGCACUGUAUAUAUUGACCUACAGUUAAUGAAACCAAAGUGUUGGGGCAGAGCUCAGUACAUUUUGUCUCACUACCCUUACGGGGAAAAAAUACAUGAAUUUCACGUGAUCACGUGUUUAACAUGUGAUCUUAUGGGAAGUUAAUGUGAUAACAUGUGACUACAUGUUAAAGCAACACGUGAUUGAAAUUGCAAAAUAUCAACAAGUGAUACUAUGAAACUACACCUCACAACAUUUGAAAGUCUUUCACAUGUGAAACUGCAAUUCACAUGUGAGGUGAAAACAUGAUAUUCUCACAUAUGAAAGGGUGGUAUAUUGAAUACAUGUGAACAAAUGGUUUCACAUGAGAACAACUGAGGUCGCAUGUCUGUUUUGUUUUCAAAUGUGCAAAUUUCAGCUCAACAUGUGAACAGUUAUUUCACGUGUAAAUAUGAUUUCAAAUGUGAAAAUGUGAUUUUCACAUGUGAAACUGCAACAACAAAAAUGUAUAUCAUAUGAAGUGUUCCAAAACCACAUGGUUUCACAUGUGAAAUAAAAUGUUAUAUGUGCAAAAUGUGGAAAUUUCACAUGUGAAAUCAUGUGUUUUUGUCCUUAAGGGUAUAUCAUCAUGUUUGUUGGUAUCCUGCUAGACCAGGGUAUCUGUGCCUGAAAUGAGAAUGUAAGUGUGAGUGUAAGCAUAACAGACAGCCAAGCAUCAUGUUAUGUGAUUGGUUUUAACAGAAAGGUCAUUUUUCAAUACAAUAUUAUACAGAAAUAACACAUGAAUACCGAUUGAAUCUUUUUUUAAAGUUUAUGAAAAUGUAUGAAACAUGUAUUUUGAUAAGAAAAAAAAACGUCUGGGACGUUUGACUUGAAUGUAAUGUAUUAAAUGGGACAUUUUAUUAGGAUAAACAAAAUAAAUAUGAGUUGACGAUGUUUGUUCUGCAAUAAUCAUGUUAACUAUUACCCCUAAAAGUCCUCAGCAUGAGUCAGUCAGUCAGCUCCAAAAUAUCAGUCGUGAUAGUAAUUGUUAGCUAAAUGUACAAAAAAAUGCACAGGACACAAAUAGAAAAUUUUGGCAUAAGCUUUUAAUAUUUUUAUAGCGUUUUUGACGUUUUCUCUUUAAAUUGGAUUUGUUUUUUCCAGUUAAUUUUGUGGGUAUUUCAUUUCAUUAUUCUUGUUUUAUUUUCCUAUCUGUAAUGGAGAAGAGUUUUUAAGUUUAAUUAGCAUUCACUUUCAAACUUUCAUACUUUUAACAAUAGAACUGUGUUUAAGUCUCUUUUUUCACAAACUUGGUUAAAUUAUUACUGUUUAUUCAUAUUUUUUCUUUACACAUUUCAAAAAUAUAAAAGGUAAAUAAUAAACAUUCCAUUGAAAUAUAUUUUAUACAGUUCUUGAUUAUUUCAUUUUUUUCUGUGUUAUGACAUUAAAAUUGUAUCCAGCAUCAGUCUUUAUAGCAUAAACCCCAUUCAGUGUUAUUGUAGUAACCUUCUCUUCUCCCGUCUCUGUCUUCCCUCUCUUUCUCCCCUGAUAGGAAAGUGGCAUGGCUGCACCCAGUGCCUUAUUCGCUUAGCGGCGAUGUAGUCACAACAGUUGGCAGGACCAAUAGAAACAUUAGCUGCAUUGGUGCUAGUAGUGCAAUGUUCUUUCAAAUGUAAAAUUCAUAACACAAAUCACCGACAACAUGAAUCAGACAGAAGAGUAAACAAGGCACCAAAUUAUAAGAAAUUAAGUCAAAACACCAAAUAAGGAAAACUAACAGAAAACAACGAUAUUGACGUAUCUGUAUCUAGAGGGGUAGAAUAAGAGAUACAUCUACUGUUAUAGACAGAAGAAGUGACAGGCUGAAUGAUAUAUAGAGAUGUACAGAUGCAAAAGACAGAGGGACAUGUACAAAUGGAACAGAAUGGACAGAUUGGCACAAUGCUACUAGCACUGCUGAGAUCUCCCAAACGGUUGUAUGUGUAUUAGGAAAGAUGUCGGACUCAUGAAACUGAGCCUAUUUCACCUCCCUUUCCUUCCAAGCGCAAUACACAUAGAAAGAUAGCCAGUGUAUUUCUACCAAUUCAGUCAAGCCACACACACUGCAGUAAACAAAAAAUAUGACAACAAAAAAAUGAACAUAAAACAGUGAUAUAGACUUUUUUUUUUUAAAGAGUGUUUCAGUUUGCAUAUUCCCCCCCAUCAUCUCACCACUGACUGAAAGAGGAAGACAGAGAUUGCCGGCGAAAAGAGAGUUACUUCAUUCUGGCCAUUCACAAAUAAGUUAAGUCGUCUUUUUUUUUCUCUCCCGCGCAUGCAUUAGAAUUCAACUUCAAACAAUAUGUUAGAAAAACACAAGAACAAGGAUGCAAAAAGAGCUUCUUCCUCAAAAAUGUGUGGAGGAGGGAGAGAAAGAGAGGGGGAUGAGAGGGAGGAAAGACUGGGAAAGAAUAUAUGACAGUGGGGUUUCUGGCUUUACUCUGCUCCUUUCUUGAUAUGUUUUGUAUUUGGGUUUCAAGUAAAGUUAUGCAAGUGUUGAGCUAUCAAUCCUCUCAAGUGGGCGUGGAGGAGGAUCACACACACCCCCACCUGAACAACGUGUCUUCUGGUAGCACACACACACACAUUCCUACUGACACAGUGGUAGUACAGUCAUUCACACAAGAUGGCGGUUAUUCACAGUAUAUUCACCACCUGUUUUGUGAAAACCCAUCCCAAAACUCAGAGAGACUAGAUGUGUAUGCAUGCUUUAAAAUCAAGAUGAAAACAAUACAGAAUAAAGUAUUUAACAGGUUCCUUUUUUUCUUUUCUUUUUUACAGGUGGUAAGCUUGCUUUGACAGUAAGUAUAGGUAAAUGGCAUUGGACUCCCCCACAAAAUCGAGGGUUUGGAACAAAUUAUUGCUCUGACACUAGACCCCCCCCCCCCCGACAUUUUAAAUGGAACGUCUACAUUUCCAUUUAACGUGUCUGUGUGGGGUGUGCUACCAGAAGGUUGAUGGGGGGGAGGGGUAUGAUCCAUUCACCUCUUGUCUUUAUCUGUAUCUAAGCCAGUUGUGCCCAUCUCCUCUUCUUCCCAUCCACCUUGCACCCGAUCCCUCUCCUUCUCUACCUCACAAACAAUCAUUUCCAUCUUCAGAAUGAAAUGUCUAGUAGUGAUGCGUCCUUCCAUAAUCUAUGGUUACUUAUCUCUAUCAUUUCAAAUCAUUACAUCGUGCCAUAAUAAACUUUUUUGGAAAGGGAGAGAGUGAGAGAAGGAGUAGGCAGGUGUUGAGAAGGAAUGAAUGUGAAAGGAAUGGGGUUGAGAAGGAAAAGGGGGAGGAAUCAGACAUAAGGUGAUAAAUGACAGAGAUCCAGUGUAUCAAAUGAAAACUGUGAGUACAGGGACAUAUCCUGAGUAGCAAACUCCAGAGAUCUUCAGGGGGGCCCCUAUUCUAAUUACUUUAACCCCCACUCAUUUCAGUAAACAAUGCACCAUGCUAGAUAUAGUAGCUGCCUCCUUUUUCCAUCCUUACCCUACCCCAUUCUUGCCCUCCCACACAACAGACAAACAGACCCAACACACUGAACUCCUUUGGCACAAUGAAACACUGAAGUUAAUCGUAUGCUACAGUCAAACUCUUGCAUAGUUAGUUGCUCAGUUCUCAGUAGUUAGCCCCCAGCCUCUCUGGAACAUCAUCAAAAUCAUCAUCAUUGCCUAAUAACAAAUAAAGAAACAAAAACAAAGGAACAGUUUUGGGAAGUGAACACAAGUUAACACUCAUUUGAGACAAAAAUCUAAAACGAGCAAUAUGCAAAUGAAUGUGACCCAAAUUGUAUUUGACCCCCCCCCCCCCAGGUGCGAUGCAUACAGCCAUACUGCGAAACAGGCAGGGGUAGUGGAAGGUCAACGAGAGCUUUUGUUCAUCAACAGAAACGCAAACAAAGCUCAUUAUGACAGAAUAGAAUAGAUAAGACAGUUUUGGCGUUCCCUUCACGCAUCUUUGAACAGCAGUUUUCCUGGCCAAUAUGCUAUCCUCACCUGGGAAAUGGAGCAAAGAUGGCUGCUUCACCAACGCCGGGGGCACCAGCAGCAGUUGGGGGUUAAAUGCCACAACGACAUGUUAUACACCAUCCCCAUAAUCAGGGAGAUAUGCCUACAGUACAUUAUGUCAUAGCAGCACAAAGCUACGCAUUGUAUAGCUACAAUAUCAGGGCUGAGCUAAUAUGGCGCUAUCUAUGGCCAGUCAGCGCAGUGCUACAGGUGCUAGCUACAGUACAGGGUCAGAGCUACAGUAUUAUUGGGUUACACAAUCCAAUCCAUGUUAUUUGUUGUGUGUUAGGUCAUCGCUAAUCUCGUUCACCAGAUCAGAUACUUUCUCCCAAUGAGCAGUGGGUUUUUUAGCCUGGGGACGGGGUGAGGUUUAAUCUCUGCUAGGUAUCGCUAAACUGCUUUAGUUAGCCGAGACCUUAUAGAGUCUACAACCGCGUCCCGUGGUGAAGCUGCCAUCUCCCACCUUGAGCACGAGACUGAAAGAACAAAAAAACCGAGUCCAACAUGGUCGUAUUCAUUGGUGCACACCGUAGCAAACAGGUUUGCAGCGGAAAACUUGUUAGACAAGUGUAGGUAUAGUCCGUUCCCGGCCCGUUUGGAUCCUAGUAAUUAUGACCCACUGGAUCUGAGCACAGUCCAACUAAACAGAGUUAUGCAGACAAGACAGUGGAGAGGGGACCUGGAUGGACAGUGGGGUGGAAGACAGUGAAUUGGCAGCAGGGGGCGCAAUCAGGGCGGUAGGACCAGAGAGUGAGAGCAGUAGAAGAAGAAGUAGCAGAGAGGGAGAAGAGUUGUCAUCAAAGUAGUAGUAGAGUAGUUGUAGUAUCAGGGGAAGUUCCUCGCACAGUUCAUCUCUGGUAGAUUUUGUGGUGUGUGUUUAUCUUAUUUGUCCAAGACAACAUUGUUCAAUGUGUAUCUUGCAAUCCUAUAUAUUUUUUUCGUUAUUCCUUUUUUUUAUCCCAAAACAAAAUAUAGAUUUUUUUUUAAUAUAAUCCUGCUCUUUUUUAAAAUGAGUUGCAUAUAACAUAAAUAUUUUUUGUUUCGUCUCGAUUUUGUACAUUUUUUUCAAUUCCUACCCCUCUUUUUUAGGGAGGGGGGGUGGGGUUAGGGCUUGCAGAAGUAUACUCAUGCAGAAUAGUCAUGCUGGUAAACAAAGUAAUAAAAAUGCAUUUUCACUUUUUUCCCGGAAUUGUUUAUCAAAGUUCACUCUCUUCCCGCUCUUUUCUCGCACUUCCUUGUGAUUCCCCCCCCCCCCCCCAGGGGUGCAGUGCUCUUUGACCUUCAUCCUUUCUACAGAAAGGAGAAAGACCUUUACAGUAAGCCACUCUCUCAACGUGCAGUUGACCGUUUGUUAUCUCGACACUUGCAAAUAGUUACCAAUUGGAUCUUUUUGAAAAAGGUUGAUGUGACUA